AUGGCGGGCCCGGCCCCACCCGCGGACGAGCUCCCGGGCCCGGCUGCCCGGCGCCUGCACUCCAGGAUGGAGGCGUCGUGCCUGGAGCUGGCGCUGGAGGGCGAGCGUCUGUGCAAGGCUGGCGACUUCAAGGCGGGUGUGGCCUUCUUUGAGGCCGCGGUGCAGGUGGGCACCGAGGACCUGAAGACGCUGAGCGCCAUCUAUAGCCAGUUGGGCAACGCCUACUUCUACCUGAAGGAGUACGCCCGGGCGCUGGAGUUCCACAAGCACGACCUGCUGCUGGCCCGGACCAUCGGUGACCGCAUGGGGGAGGCCAAGGCCAGCGGGAACUUGGGCAACACGCUCAAGGUGCUGGGCCGGUUCGACGAGGCUGUGGUCUGCUGCCAGCGGCACCUGGACAUUGCGCAGGAGCAGGGGGACAAGGUCGGGGAGGCCCGGGCACUCUACAACAUCGGCAACGUGUACCACGCCAAGGGCAAGCAGCUGUCCUGGAGCGCCGUGCAGGACCCCGGGCACCUGCCGCCCGACGUCCGAGAGACGCUGCGCAGGGCCUCCGAGUUCUACGAGAGGAACCUGGCCCUGGUGAAGGAGCUGGGCGACAGGGCGGCGCAGGGCAGGGCGUACGGCAACCUGGGCAACGCGCACUACCUGCUGGGGAACUUCACGGAGGCCACGACCUUCCACAGGGAGCGCCUGGCCAUUGCCAAGGAGUUUGGAGACAAGGCGGCCGAGAGGAGGGCCUACAGCAACCUGGGCAAUGCCCACAUCUUCCUGGGGCGCUUCGACGUGGCCGCGGAGUACUACAAGAAGACACUGCAGCUGUCGCGGCAGCUCAGGGACCAGGCGGUGGAGGCGCAGGCCUGCUACAGCCUGGGCAACACCUACACGCUACUGCAGGACUACGAGCGCGCGGCCGAGUACCACCUGCGGCACCUGCUCAUUGCCCAGGAGCUGGCUGACAGGGUGGGCGAGGGCCGGGCGUGCUGGAGCCUGGGGAACGCCUACGUGUCCAUGGGCAGCCCGGCGCAGGCGCUGACCUUCGCCAGGAAGCACCUGCAGAUCUCCCAGGAGAUCGGGGACCGCAACGGGGAGCUCACGGCCCGCACGAACGUCGUACAGCUGCAGCUGGCACUCGGCCGGCUCACCAGCCCGGCGGCCGCAGAGAAGCCCGACCUGGCCGGCUACGAGGCCCAGGGGGCCAGACCCAAGCGGACGCAGAGGCUGAGCGCGGAGACCUGGGACCUGCUGAGGCUCCCCCUGGAGCGGGAGCAGAAUGGAGAUAGCCACCACGCAGGGGACUGGCGGGGGCCCAGCAGGGACUCGCUGCCCCUCCCCGUGAGGAGCAGGAAGUACCAGGAAGGACCCGACGCCGCUGAGAGGAGGCCCCGGGAGGGCGGCCACUCCCCGCUGGACAGCGCGGACGUCCGGGUGCAGGUGCCGCGUACGAGCAUCCCGCGGGCCCCGUCUUCGGACGAGGAGUGCUUCUUUGACCUGCUGAGCAGGUUCCAGAGCAGCCGCAUGGACGACCAGCGCUGCCCGCUGGACGAGGGGCAGGCCGGGGCCGCCGAGGCCCUGGGGGAGAGGAUCGGCCAGCCUGUGGCCACGGCUUCCCCCCAGACCGAGGAGCUCUUCGACCUCAUCGCCAGCUCGCAGAGCCGCCGGCUGGACGACCAGCGGGCCAGCGUGGGCAGCCUGCCCGGGCUGCGCAUCACCCACAACAACGUGGGGCACCUCCGCGGCGACGGGGACCCCCAGGAGCCAGGGGACGAGUUCUUCAACAUGCUCAUCAAGUACCAGUCCUCCAGGAUUGAUGACCAGCGCUGCCCGCCGCCUGACGUGCUGCCCCGAGGCCCCACCAUGCCAGACGAGGACUUCUUCAGCCUCAUCCAGAGGGUGCAGGCCAAGCGCAUGGACGAGCAGCGGGUGGACCUCACCGCCAGCCCAGAACCGGAGGCAGGGGGGCCACCUGUGCCCCCGCAGCAGUGCCAGCCCGGUGCUAGCUAAGGCCUCAUACCCACUCCUGGACACCGGGGGCUCACAAUAGUCCACGAUGCCCACAGCCCCCCAAGAAGCCGAAUCCUCCCAAGGCCAUGGCUGAGGGCAGGCUCUGAGCCCCAGGCCCACCGCUGAGCUGACGCUGGGCACACAGCCCCACAGCAUCCCUAACCCAGGUGGCAGGAGGGCACACUUCCGCCCAGGCCUGACCCCACGUGGUCCACGGCCUCCUGCAGGCCUGCCCGGCCCAGCCUUGCCCCGCCCCUUCCCUGGCUGGCCCGGCCUUCGGCAUGUUGGCCCCAGACCCAGUGCCGGCCAGACCCUCCCCACCCUCUGCCCACACCCCCUUCCCGGGCUCGUCUUGCCCAGCCAAAUGUGAAACCCUGCCAUCUCCCCACGUCCCCCAAAGCUGUCUCUGAAGCCUCUUGGGGCUUCCAGCAACAUGGGCACGUCCUGCCCCCAAAGCCGGUCCUAGGAUGGCCAUGUGGCAGACACGCUCAAUGCCCUCUGGCCUGGUCCCUAGGGCAGGGCUGCCCCUGAGCCUGUCCCCCGACUCCUGCCCCAGGGGGAGGAGGGGGAGGUCGGCAGCCACAGAAAGCCCACCCAGACGGGGCAGCAGAGGGCAGGUGAGGUGCCCCUGGAGUCCCCGGCCCUGGCACGUGUCCUGAGCCAAUGGGGCCUUGCGGAGGGAAGGAUGGGCACGAACCUCAGCAUUCCUGACUCCAGUCCCUGGGCCAGAACACAAGCAGGGCCUGGUCCUAGGGCCACUGGCGGGCAGGGACGUCUGUACCCAAAGUGGGACUAGGCUCUGUGGCUGUCACCAAGUCAGUGGGUCAGCGAAAGCUGGAAGGGGCUUGGCUCCACUCAACCCUCUGAACUCCCCCGAAUGAGAACCCUCCUCCCCUCCAUCAGCUGAGGGUGAUGACAUCACUGCCUCCUCCCCAUGGGGGGGUCUAGUCCCCACACACCUGAGAGCCCACAGGACACAAGGCUUAGACCCAGACUCAGGCAGGACCCGCUGGAGCCUCUGGAGACAGGCCCCUCAGGGGACAGUGGCCUCGAGCUCCCACCUGGACCCUGCCUUGGCUCACCCUUCUGGAGAGCCCCUGGGGCUGGAGGCAGCCUCUCUGGGUGGUGCCUGGGGUCCUGCUCUUGAGCCUGGGCAGGUGGCCUGGCCCCCGCCCCGUGGUAUGGCCUGGAAGCCGGGCAAGGCCCCAGCAGGGGAGGGUGGUGGCCCCACUUGUGAGAGAGCAGGGCAGACGCCAGGGCACAGGGUCUCCCAGGGACGCAGCGCCGCCCCGCAUACUUGAAUGUACGUGCGUAUUUAUUGCUCACACGUGUUUGCCGUGUUGUCAGUGGGUCCUUUCCAACCCAAGAGGUACACUUGUUUUUCUGUUUUUCCCAAAAAAUAAAGUCUGCCAAGCGAG